CUUUAUCCUUUCCAACAAUCCCAAAUUAAGCUCUGUUCCCUAAAAGACAACUAACUGAAAUAACUAUGUUUCCGUUUUUCAGUUACCCCUGCAUCAUAUUCUUCUUCUUCUUCUUCUUCUUCUGUGUUUCCCGCCCUUGCUUUCCCGCUAGAACCCCACCAGGCCUAUCAACUGUAAUAAACGUCGAUGCCCACAACUCUACGUGGCAAGACUUCGUUAGGUUCCUGCACGCCGGGAAGGGCAGCCACGUCAGCGGCAUGUCAGAGCUCAAGAGGUACUUCAACCGUUUCGGUUACCUUCCCAUACCCGGCACUGAUUUUAACGACAUAUUCGACACUAAAUUCGAAUCAGCCGUUGUUCUCUACCAGAAAAACCUUGGGUUGCCCGUCACGGGAAAGCUCGACACCGACACCAUAUCGGCCAUCAUGUCGCCGAGGUGUGGCAUGAGCGACGACGCCUCGCAUGCUUUGCACAGGACGCGUCACUUUGCGUACUUCUACGGCAAACCGAGGUGGGUCCGCGGGUCUCGGAAGACUCCGAUGACGCUAACGUACGCUUUCUCGCCUUCUAAUAUGAUCGAUUACCUGAGCUCGUCUGAUAUUCGGGCGGUUUUCAGACGUGCCUUUUGUAGGUGGGAAUCGGUGAUUCCGGUGAACUUUACCGAGACGGGGAACUACCAAUCGGCGAAUAUUAGAAUCGGGUUUUACCGGGGGGAUCAUGGGGACGGAGAGCCGUUUGAUGGGGUGCUGGGAGUGCUGGCUCAUGCUUUCUCACCGGAGAACGGGAGGCUCCACCUGGAUGCAGCAGAGACGUGGACGAUAAAUUUUAAAUCGGACAAGUCAAAGGUGGCGGUUGAUUUGGAAUCGGUGGCCACCCACGAGAUUGGGCAUGUACUUGGGCUGGCUCAUACUUCGGUGAAGGAAGCUGUUAUGUAUCCGAGCUUGAGUCCGAGGACAAGGAAGGUGGAUCUGAAGAUAGACGACGUGAAGGGAGUUCAGGCUCUUUAUGGGUCAAACCCUAAUUUCAAGUUCAGCUCUUUGUUGGCGUUGGAAAAUUCUUUCAACCAAGCCAGUCAUGGCCUAGAUACAAGAUUCUCCAAUCUGUGGACCAUUAUUUCUUUGGCUCCAACUCUUUUAUGUUUGUUUCUGCAUUCAUGAAGGGUUUUUUUUUUUUUUUUUUUCAUUUAUAUAUUUGAUUCCAUAUAUACAUGUAGAGAACUAGAGA